AUGUCUUUCUUAUUCACAGUGAGCACAGGAUUAGAUCUGCAAAAGAGAAUCUUUCACGACCAUAGCUGUGAAAGUAAUGAGUGUCUGUAUCACAUAAAGGUAAUUUCAGCUAAUAGAACACAUAAAGGAGGUCUCUGUGGUGGCUCUCUGAUCAAUGAUCGAUGGGUUCUGACUGCAGCUCACUGCUGGAAAAAAGAACCUGGAUGGAAUUCAUCCAUAUCGUCAACCUCAAGACCUGACUCGAUCUUCAGUGACAACCAGUGUUGGAGCAGCUGUAGUUCAGGUCGCAGGACUUGGUGGUUAUACAGUAAAUGCCACCGGCCACACGCAUGUGCCGUAUCCCAACAGGCUGUGUCUGAGAGAAGAUCAAGUAGAUAUAUACGUGAGGGUGAUUCUGGUGGUGGAGUGAUUUACAACAACAUGAUUUAUGGUGUAAUCAGUGGCACUGGUGUACGUGCCUGUACUAGACCAGCUGUUAUUGUGAAUGUCUGUCCUUACAUUGACUGGAUAAACCAGACAAUCCAUCCAAGAAAUAAUGGAAAAUAACUGAAUGAAAAUAACGUCCAGAAUAAACAAU